AUGCUUUCGUUCUUGUCUCUCGGUCCUCCAUGCAUCAACCUGAAGCGCUCAGGUCAUCUCGGAAAGGCAUACCGAUCCGCGAGCGUGGCUCCGGAGACGCCGGGCAGCCUGAAUGCGGUUCUCGGUCACUCAGGCAUGAGGAUCGUCAUUUUUUCGGACUCUAGCACCUCCAUCACACCCGUUCGGCCCCUCUCUCGCCCAAAAGCUGCAAAGGAAACGACGCAGCCAGCGCAACACCACGAAGAGCGCAUUCAUCUUCCCCGUACCCCGCUUUUUCCGCUUCGAAAUCUAGAAAUAGAGGUCAAAAUGUCGGCUCCUGCUCCUGUCAUUCUCGGUAUCAACUUCGGCCAGUCGUACGCGUCUAUCGCUAUCAUCGACAAGGAUGGUCACGCCCAGUGCAUCGCCAACGAGGACGGUGAGCGUCAGAUCGCGUGUGCCGUCUCGUACGUCGAGGACCAGGUCUACAUCGGCAACGGUGCUAAGCCCCACCUCGUCAAGAACGGCCACAACACGAUCAUGGGCUUCCGUAACCUCCUCGGCCACACCUACGACGAGGUUGACCACACCGCCAUCCUUGCCGCUCCUCUCAUCCCCGACUCCAAGACCCCCGCCUACACCGCUCCUUCUGGCGCUGCCACCCCCGCCGUUGCUGAGCCCCAGGCCGCCAAGAAGACGAUCACUGUCCCCGAGAUCACCUCGCUCUUCCUCCAGACCCUUUUCGCCUCUGCCACUGACUUCAUCGGCCAGAAGCCCACCCACUGCGUCAUCUCUGCCCCCGUCUGGUUCACCCCCGAGCAGACCGAGGCCCUCCGCGCUGCUGCCACCGAUGCCGGUAUCAACGUCAUCCAGGUUCUCGACGAGGCCGCUGCCGUCCUCACCGGUUACCGUGCCGGUAUGACCGAGGAGCGCAAGGCCCGCGGUCUCCUUGGCUCCCCCGAGGAGGGUGACGCCGGAGAGCACGAGAAGCAGGACAAGAAGGUUGUCGUUCUCGACAUGGGCGAGACCUCGCUUGCCGUUUCCGUUGUCGCCGUCUCCGACGGCAUCUACACUGUCCUCGCCAAGGGCCGUGACGACAAGCUCGGCGGUCGCGAGCUCGACGCUCUUCUCCUCAAGCACUUCGCCAAGGAGUUCACCAAGAAGACCAAGAUCCCUCUUGACCUCCCCUGCGGCGAGAACGCCUCUGUCCAGGACAAGCGCGCCGAGGCCAAGCUCCGCCUCGCCAUUGAGCACACCAAGCGCUCGCUCUCGGCCUCGACCGGUGCCGCCACCUGCGCCGUCGAGUCGCUCAAGGACGGCUACGACCUUUCCACCUCGAUCAACCGUAUCCGUUUCGACGGCCUUGCUCUCCCCGUCUACACCAAGGUCGGUGAGAAGCUCAAGUCCGUCGUCGCCGAGGCUGGCCUCGACAUUGCCGAGAUCGACGAGGUCCUCCUCGCCGGUGCGUCGACCCUCUUCCCCGGCCUCCAGUCCAACCUCUCGUACCUCGUCCAGCCUACGACGCCGGUCACCGCCGCCCUCGACCCCUCCGAGGCCAUCGCCGUCGGAUGUGCCCUCCAGGCCCUCCACCUGUCGAACCUCGACUCGCGCCUCGCCGAGAAGGACGUUCUUGAGCUCGCCAAGAAGCCCGUCCCGUGUACUUCUGCCCCGAUCGGUGUCGUCCUCCCCGGCAGCAAGGAGGACACGCUCGCCGCCGUUGUUGUUGAGACCGACGCUCCCCUCCCCGUGAGGCGGCGCGCGGCCUUCCCCGUCGCGGGCGGUAAGACCGCCCUUGAGAUCUGGGAGGGCAAGCACGACGUCAAGGUUGAGACGAUCGCGCCCCCGCCCCCCGAGGAGGGCGAGGAGGAGUUCUCGGACGAGGAGCCCGAGGAGGUCAAGACCCCCAUUGUCCAGAAGACGACCUGCCUCGGCGCCGUCGAGGUCGAGGUCGCCGCGGGCAAGAAGCUCAUCCUCGAGGUCAUCGUCCAGAAGAACGGCGCCGUCAAGGUCGCCGCCUGGGAGGAGGGCAGCGAGGACAAGGCCGACAAGUUCGAGGCCUAG